CCCGUAGCUGCAGUCGCCAUUUUCUUGUCAUCGAAAACGAACCAAGAAGAGUAACUGACGACGGCGGAAAAAUCCUCGAACCGGGUUGUAGUUCUUCGUGGUUUUGGCCCAGCAGUUAUCUUCAUGAAUUAAUGGACUGUCUGCUGCUACGUGGUAAUGGUAUCGGUCCGGCUGCUGUAGGUUUGUCCGGGUCUCUGAGCUGGAAGAUGGAGGACCAGGCGGCCAGGGAAGACGCCUGCAGGGAGUACCAGUCCUCGCUAGAAGACCUGACGUUCAACAGCAAACCACACAUCAACAUGCUCACCAUCCUGGCCGAAGAGAACACCCAGUUCGCCAAGGAUAUCGUGGCUAUUAUUGAAGCUCAAAUCAGCAAGGCCCCGGCCGCCGAGAAGCUCCCAGUUUUGUACUUAGUGGAUUCCAUAGUGAAGAAUGUUGGAGGAGAAUACCUUGCAGUGUUUGCUAAAAACCUAAUCCCUUCAUUUAUUUGUGUCUUUGAAAAGGUGGAUGAAAACACUAGAAAGAGCCUGUUCAAGCUGCGCUCCACCUGGGAUGAAGUGUUCCCCCUGAAGAAGCUGUAUGCCCUGGAUGUUCGGGUCAACUCUCUGGACCCGGCAUGGCCCAUCAAGCCGCUGCCGCCCAACAUCAACUCCAGCAUCCACGUCAACCCCAGGUUUCUAAAGCAGUCUGAGGAGAAGGCCUCUCCACAGCCGGUCCCAGCCAAGCCUGCACCCGUGGCCCCGGCCCCUCAGGUGGCCCCGGCCACCACCCCAUCCAGCCUGACCCAGGAACAGCUGAUCCGACAGCAGUUGUUGGCCAAACAGAAGCAGCUUCUUGAGCUCCAACAGAAGAAGAUCGAGCUGGAGCUAGAGCAGACCAAAGCACAGCUGGUAGGACAGGGCGGAUUGGUGAUGCCACCAUCAUCUACGGUGCCCACUCCGGCAGAAUCCAGCACUGCACAGAGACCCGGCAACCAAAAUCCUCCAGGUAUCCGGCCCUGGAUCCCUCCCCAGCCUCCGACCGACUCAAAAUCAUCUACCAGAGAUCCCCGUCUGAACCGCAGCGGCCCCCCAGGUUUGCCCCAUCUCAAAGAACACCCAACUGCCAAGAGGGAGAGCCCCCAUCCACCUGGGGGCCCUGUUGUCACCACAGAGAAGAAGGUGCUGGAGAAAUCCCCCCGGCUGGACAAGGCCAGGACCCCCAGGAAAGAUGUUUUAGAAGACAAGUUAAAGUCAAAGUCUCCAUCUCCACUGGCCAAAGGGUUGCAAAGUAAAAGCAAACAGGCAGAGGUUGAGAACCCAAAAUCCAUCGAGGCCAUAAAGAAGGACCCCAGGCUCAAGAAGCGACUGCAGGAGAAGACGGGAGAGGUCAAAGAUGACGAGCUAAAGGAGAAGAAACGAUGCAUCGACAAGAAGGAACGAGAGGAGGCUUCACGGAGACCAGAGCUUCUGAGGUCCAACAAAGCCAAGUCAGUAAACGGCUUGAUGGCCAAACACGACUACAUGGAAUCCAGCGACAAGGCCGACCUCAAAGCCGGAGGCAACGGCCGCAGGAAACGCACCUGCUCACGGUCCCGCUCACGGUCCCCCGCUGUCUCCCCAAAAAGGAAGGAUCGGCGUUCACCCAAAAGCCACACCCGGAGCAGCUCCCUGUCCCCGUCUCACAAGCCCGGAAAACCCCGGAGGGUCCGCGGUGACGACCCACAGCAUGGCAAACUGGGUCGAGAAGACAGGCCUGCCCCUAAAAAGAUUCAGUCAGAGAGCAGGAGGCCGAAGAGGCCGCAGGAGGACCGUCAGUCCAGGGAGUCUCAUUCCCCACGAGGUCAUGACAGCGGAGGCAAGGAGACGAAGGAGUCUCUUCACCGCUGGAGGAGCGGCUGGGAGGAGAACAAACACAUGAAGCUGCCGGAGGACUCCCACACAAAGUCUGGACCUCCGAGACACAAACCACACAGCACCCCAACUCGUCCCAGCACCCCCAGAAACCAGAAGAUUCGCCUCAGUGUGGAUGCCAACCUGCAGAUACCUGAAGUCCUCAACUCCGCCUCCAAGAAGGACCUGCUGAGGAGGGCCAGCAAGCGUCUGGAGAGCGGGGAGAUUUCCCAGGAGGACUUCCUGAACAUGGCCCACCAAAUCAAACAUUUCUUCCAGUAUCAGGAGGAGAAGCAGCAGCGCUCGGAGAACUGGGAGGACCCUGGAGAUUUCUCCAUUAAGAAGCAGUCUCUGCUGAACACACCCCAUGAAGCCAUGGACGCCGCAGAGCUGUCAUACUAUGAGCACAAGUCCAAGCUGAGGAAGACGCAGGUCAACCACAGAGUCACAGGCGAUGAUGGGCAGGAGACUUCAGAGGAUGGUGGGGAAAUAAGACAAGGCGAGAAGCUGGGAGGUAGCCGGAGCGCCGGACACCCUUCGUUGCACGCGUACAGUCGACCGCUGCAAGACCGAACAGGAGAAAGGAGGAGCAAGGAGCGAGAUGAACCGCGACCCCCGCUUGCCCCCAUGGUUGAAGAGUACAACCAUGGUAAAGAGUUCCCCAAGCUGAAGUCUCUUCCAGGUCUCCGCUUCAGGAGGAGAGUGGACCCCGGAGAGUCCAGUGAACGGGAGUGGACCUCGCCGCUGACAGAGCGGCAGCUUUACGAUGAACGUGAGGAGCACAAGAGCGGCUAUGAUGCUCCACGGAGAUACUGCCCGGCUGACACACGCAGGCAGGAUGGACCCUCUCCUUCUACCGGGGCCCACAGGAGCUCUCCGGCUCCAGUCGGAUUGGAGGCUCCGGCCCCUCGCUUUGAACGGGAACGCCUGUCGCCUCUGCAUCAGAAAGACUUGGCAGACAUGAGUCCAGUCCCUCGUUUUGAAAGUCCCAACAGUGAACACUCGGACGAGGGGCCCAUCGAUGUCCCCCCUCCACAUCCUCCUCAUGAAGGAGGACACCCUCCCUCACGUUACAGCGGCCCCAGUCACAUGGGCCCCUCCAGGCCACACCACCCGGGCUGGUAUGAAGGCGGGGGCCCUGGGCGUUUUGAGGAGCCACAAUUUGAUGGCCCUCACCACCCAGGGCCCGGCAGGUUUGAUGGUGGGGAGCCGCCUCAUCAUAACCUGUCCGAAAGGACUGAGAGCUCUGGGCCCCAUGAGGGACUCCGAAUGGUAAUGAGAGGAGGAGGAGAUGGAAUAGGACCGCUUGAAGGGCCUCCACAGGGACCCAACAGGUUUGGUGGCCCUAUAGGCCAACAGCAGCCAGUUAGGUUUGAGGGACAAAUGGGGGGCCCUGGUCACUUGGAGGGCCCACUGCAGCGUUUUGAUGGGCCAGGGCACUUCAAUAAUAUGGGUCCUGGUCCAAUGGGCUUCCAGCAGCAGCGGUCCCUCCGCUUUGAAGGCCCCAAUAAUCAGAUGGGUCCAAUAAGGUUCGAUGGCCCCAGUCGCUUUGAGGGUCCUGGACCAGGUCCCAGGUUUGACGUACCUGGUGGGCCCCAUCAGCCUGGGCCCCCACGCUUUGAUUACCCUCCUGGCCAGCAGGGGCCCCCCAGGUUUCCUCCGCAACCCAACCUUCAGCUCCCUAUGCAGCCGAUGGCCCCACCCAUCUACGACAACCCCAUAACCCCCCAGCAGAACUUUGGCAUGGCCCCCCAGCGGUUCCCAGAGCCUAUGAACCCACAGUUCCCUCCCGGACCAAACAUGCUGCCGGCAGGAAACUUCAGCAUGCAGCCAGCACCAUUCAGCCAACCGGGCCCCGGUCCCUUCUACAACCCUGCAGCUCCUGCCAUUGGCAUGCAGCAGCCGGUGAACAUGAUGGGAAACAUGAACCAGUCCUUCCUUCCUCAGAACCCAGUGCCUUUCGGACAGCAGACUCCUCAGGUCGCCCCUCAAGAGAACCACUUCGGUCAGGUUGAUGUCAACGACCUGCUGUCCAAACUGAUCUCCAACGGAAUCAUCAAACCGCCGUCGCAGACGGACUCUUCGCAGACCGCCAGUGAAACGUCUUCCACGGUACCUGCUCCAGCCGGACCUGUGGAGGAGGAGGAAGAGGAGGAGCCGGAGGUGGAGGAGGAGGAAGACCUGCCAGACCUCACCAGUUUCAGCGUUGAGAACAUGAAGCAGCGGUAUGAGAGCGUGGUGACCAAGCUGUACUCAGGGAAUCAGUGCUGCCUCUGCAGCAUGCGCUUCACCACCACCCAGACCGACAUGUACGCCGACCACCUGGACUGGCACUUCAGGCAGAACCACGCUGGGAAGGUGGCCAGCAAGAAGGUGACACACCGGCGCUGGUACUACAGCCUGACGGACUGGAUCGAGUUUGAGGAGAUCGCGGACCUGGAGGAGCGAGCCAAGAGUCAGUUCUUCGAGAAGGAGAACGAAGAGGAGGUGCAGAAGAACCAGGCGGCCGCCAAGGAGAAGGAGUUCCAGAGCGUCCGAGCCACCAAGGACCAAGUGGGAGAGUUGUGUGAAAUCUGCCAGGAGCCGUUUGAGACCUACUGGGUGGAGGAAGAGGAGGACUGGUUCCUGAAGAACGCCGUCAGAGUUGAUGACAAGAACUUCCACCCCGCCUGCUUCGAGGAUUAUAAAAAUACGUCUUCCUACCUGGACGUGACUCCGUCUCCCAGCAGGCUGCUGACGGAGCACCCGCUGGGCGCCUUGGUGAAGACCGAAGAGGAGGAAGAGGAGGUCACUUCCUGUGAGGUGAAGCAGGAAGUUCAGAGUGAUCCCUGCUGUGUUGCACAGCAGGAGGAGCCAGGUUCUACGGCUCAGGAGGUUUCAGCGGACUCUGCUCAGUCCGAGGACAAAGCGUGACGUGGCGCUCCUCUUCGUCCCAGCGGGUCGAAGGUUUUUACGACUUAAAUACAUUUUGGUAUUUGGAUUGUUGCGUGGCCAUUUCAGGGCUGCUGUUCUGUUCGCUGCCGGCUGUAAAUGAUUUAAUUUAUACAUUAAAGUAUUUUUGGUAACUCUGGUCUUCAGCUGCUGUUUGCUGCCAGUUUAUUGGUUGGCUGCUUUGUUGAGUCAUCACAGGUGUUGAAGGUAAGCAUCAUCUGAUUGGACGACUGAAGGCUCAUGAGGCGUCUCUGAGGAUCCGGUCGGCUUUUUUCUUUGGGUUUUCUUCAAUAAACGAGUCUAAAAAGUU